GAUGAGAUUGUACCGUACCGGGCAAGCAGCCCGUGCAGUUUCGAGACUGCAGUUUGCCACAAAGAGCACCAUGAAAACUUGAACGCGUAUUAUGCGCAAGCUAGAAGAAACACAAGAAGCUUAGCUAUCUAGAACCAGCGUAGUCUGUACUAGGUAGUAGUGGAACUUGAAGCAGCUGGAGCUGCAUUUGAGCAAGGGCGUUAGCUUGUCUUACGUCCGCAGGUUCUCCAAAAGAAGAGUAUGCGCAGGGGCAAUGAUGGAACCCCUUUUGGAAGGGGUCCUCGGUUGCGAAGUUUCUUCGAUGGUUUCUUUGACGACCCUUUCUUUGAGGAUCCUUUUUUCCAACAACGCAGCGCCUUCUUCUCUUCUCCAUUUUCGUCCACUUUCUUCUCCCAUCCAUUUGGGGGUCUCGUAGAUGAGAUUUUUCAGCGACCCCACCCGGCCAUGCAAAGCAUGCAAGGAACCAGCGCUGGCGAUUAUGGGAGCAGCCCAUCCCACCAGUCGCUGCCUGCGCUGCGCGUGGUGGAGCUGGAGGUGGGGGAGGCCGAGGUGGCGUCGCGCGAGCAGCCGCUGGUGGAGCACCCCGACAGCGACGCCGAGGAAGAAGAUGAUGACACCGGCGAAGACGAGGGAGAGGAGGACGAUGAGGGCGAGGGGCCAGCGCAGGCCGGGCCGCGCUGGCAGCAUUCCCCCAAGUCAGUGCGGGACAUCCCCAUCCACUGGGGCGACGAUGCGCCUGCUCCUGCGGGGACCCUCGGGGGCCACGACGGCCGCUGCCUCCGACCGUGGCAGUCCUCUGAGGUUCCGGUGGCCGGGGGCCGGCGGCGACAGGCAGGCGGGGGGCAGCAGCGAGUCGCAGCCAGAGCUUGGGAGGCGAGAUCGGGAGCGCUCGUUUCCUCGGUCGUGGUUCUCGCACCUAGACCGGAAGGGGCCCUCCCGCUGAGGGGCGCAGCAGCUGUAAAUUUCUUGAAAGUGAUGGACGCCUGUCAGAAGAAACAUCGAGAUAGAAUAUGGUCAUAUGAGUUGUACAUAUCGGCUUGGUCCUCAAGAGUGCAUAUAUUGACUGAGCCGCGCGACCAAGGUCAAACGUCUGGGACAUGA